AUGGCGGCCCCGGGCGGCAGCGGGGGCCCCGCAGUGUCGGUUCUGGCCCCGAACGGGAGGCGCCUCACGGUGAAGGUGACGCCGAGCACCGCGUUACUGCAGGUUUUGGAGGACACUUGUCGGAGACAGAACUUCAAUCCAAGUGAAUACGAUCUGAAGUUUCAGAGGAAUGUGCUUGAUCUUUCCCUUCAGUGGAGAUUUGCCAAUCUUCCUAACAAUGCCAAGCUGGAGAUGGUGCCAAUCUCCCGUAGUCGGGAGGGACCUGAAAAUACGGUUCGGAUUGCAUUGCAAUUAGAUGAUGGCACUAGGUUACAAGAUACUUUUUGUUCUCUUCAGACACUCUGGGAGCUUCUUGUUCAUUUUGUACAAACAAGGGAGUGUGUGGAGCAGCUGUGUGAAUCUACUCCAGUCUGUGUUUACAUGAGGGAUGAGAUAACUGGGAGAGCUGCCUUACAGAAGACCACACUGAAGUCACUGGGCUUAACUGGAGGCAAUGCUAUCAUCAGGUUUUCCAUGAAGUGUGAUUCACCUGGAAAGCAGGAGCCUAUGGCUCCUAAGAUCAAACUCUCAGGAAACCCUGUUCCAUCUGUCUCUGUUGAUCAGACCACCAGCAAUCCUCUGCAUUCUUUGGGCUCCGAUGGGCUAAGCAGUGGUGAUUUGAGCCGACCAGAUGAUGCAAUUGCUUCAGGGAUCAGCCAGAUAGAUUGUCGGGGCCUUAGGCGGUUGGAUGAUGAAAUGAAGCUGAGUUCCAAGGAAUCAGUAUCUUCUCCUUUUGUUCCUUUCUCUGGGGGUGGGCAGCGUCUUGGAGGUUCCUCUAUGCCUUCAAGAUAUUCAGUGCCAUCAUCAACCAAGGUGCCAAAAUCCCUCUGUAGUCCUGGAGGCCCUUCUAAACCAAAAAAGUCUAAGCCUGGCCAGGAGCAGGAACAAGAACCAGAACAGCCCGUGGAGCGAGAAACAGUUGUGUGUCACCCAGAUCUGGAGGAUCUGUUCCAGGCCUGGCCAGCAGAGAUUCCUGAUGAAUUCUUUGAGAUCACUGUGGAUGAUGUGAGGAGACGCUUGGCUCAAUUGAAAAGUGAACGGAAACGCCUAGAAGAAGCACCACUGGUGACCAAAUCUUUUCGAGAAGCUCAGAUGAAAGAAAAAUUAGAGCGCUAUCCAAAGAUUGCACUGAGAAUAAUGUUCCCUGACCGAUACAUCCUACAAGGCUUCUUUCGCCCAAAUGAAACAGUAGGAGAUUUGCAAGACUUUGUGAGAAGUCACCUGGGAAAUCCUGAAUUGUCCUUUUACCUGUUCCUUGCCCCUCCAAAAACCAUCCUGAGUGACAACACGCUGACCCUCUUCCAGGCUAACCUCUUUCCUGCUGCCCUUGUUCACUUUGGAUCUGAAGAACCAGCAGAUCUCUACCUGGAGCCCCAGCUGCUGGAGAACACCAUCUCUCCGUCUUCUGCUGAUGUGCUGGUGGCCAGGUGUAUGUCUAGGACCUCACCAAUGCCAUCUCUUUUGCCAACCCUCGAAUCUGAGCUUCCUGAACUUGAAGAAUCAGCUGAAGUGGCAGUAGGACCCUCAGAACCAGUUGCAGCAACUGCUCAGCCUGUGAGGAGGAAUCUAGGCAAAGUGCCCAAGUGGCUGAAACUACCAGCUGGAAAGAGGUGAGAGCCUAUCACAAAAGGAGGGCGCUCCUCCUCUACCCCUGCUACUCCUACCCACCCCCCACCUGCGGUGGGAAUAAAGAAUUGGUGUGCUCCUCCUGAUAA